GCAUAAGAGUGCAUUGGAACGUGGCCUCUUAUCUAUUCGUUGCUUUGAGAAGUUUCAGAACAUUGUGAUGACUGUCAUUUAUCUGUGUAUUCAUGCUAUUGGGGUCAUUUAACUUAUGGAGUGUUCGAUCUUAUUGCGGGUGUUAAAAGUCCCGUGUGUUCUGUGUGUUAAUAAUCGUUAAACAUAAUCAGUAAAAUAAUGGUGCUAUUUUGGUUCACUUUCUCGUCUAUGCUCUUUGGCUUCGCUGUCUACGACGUCAUAAGUGACGUCACCGUACGGACUGAAUGCGGAAGCGUGUCAGGUUUCCAGAAAGAUGAAGCCUACAGCUUCCGAGGAAUCCCAUACGCUUCUCCACCGACUGGAAGUAGACGAUGGCAGCCACCGGAACCUCUCAGUCCCAAAACAGGAAACUGUUGGCGAGGGAUAUUUCCGGCCAAAAGUUACGGCAACACGUGUUUUCAGAUCAACCCAGAUGAUCACACGACAUUGAUAGGCAGCGAGGAUUGCUUGUACCUCAACGUUCUAACGCCGUCACUCGACACAAACGCGUCCAAACCUGUGAUGGUGUGGAUACACGGCGGAAGUCUGCAGAUAUCAAGCGGCAGUUGGCCGCUAUACAGUCCAACGGAGAAGCUGGCGAUCGACACCGACACGGUGUACGUGGGUUUCAACUAUCGCCUGCACGCCUUUGGUUUCAUGGCGCUGCAAGUGCUCGCGGAUCACUCGUCGCUCAACACUUCUGGUAACUACGGCUUCAUGGACAUGAUCGAGGUGCUUAGAUGGGUGCAGGCCAACAUUCGCAACUUUGGGGGCGACCCGAAUCAGGUGACAGUGUUUGGUCAGAGUUCAGGAGGGACUGCUAUAGUAGCCUUACUAUCGUCUCCAAUGUGCAAGGGACUGUUUCACAAGGCGUGGCUUCUCUCGGCCUCUGCCGUGUACAACAAAACCGCAAAUGAUGCUUACAUAGAUAACCUCGCAUUUGUUCGGAACGCCGGGUGUGGCAUAAGUGACAUCACGUGUCUCUACAAUCUGACGUCAGCGGAUGUGACGCGCGCGGUGCCGUGGAACAUGUACCCAUUCUGGGCUAUGGUGGACCAAGCCGACUUGCCAACUAAAGGAUAUUUUGAUGGAGCUAUCGCUGUGGUAGAUGGCUUGGUAAUUCCGGAUGCCCCGUUUGAGGUUUGGAGAAAAGGCAAUAUGGUUGACGUCCCUUUGUUGAUUGGGUCGUGUGCAAACGAGGUGGAUUACAACCCUAGCGACAUGUCAAUCAGCACGUGGACCUGGGACCUGUACGUCAGCCACAUUAACGCUACCAUCGGAACGUUCGGGCCGCUGACUUUAGCGACGGCACUUAAAAUGUAUCCAGUGAAUCAAUCCACGCCGGAAUUUCAAUUGACCAGCAUGGCGAGUGACAUCCGGGCAAACUGUCCGAAUGACGUCAUGUCCUUUUACGCCGCGGCGACGUUUACGUCACCGGUCUAUCGGUACGUUGUAACGUCAUCGCCGUCAGUUCCGGUACACCCGGUUGGAAUUCCGUUUCCGGCACGAUACUCGUUCCAUAUGUGGGACGUUUUCGCCUACUUUGGAUUCAUUCCUGAUUAUAUCACUAAUCCGACCAUGGAUGACCUUGCCUGGCAACGGAAUGUCCAGCAGGAAGUGAUGUCAUUUGUGAAGAAAGGUCGACCAUUUAGCGCCUGGCGGCCGUACCCGGAAGCGACAGCGUUGCUGUCCCACGUGACUACAACAUCUUCAGGCUACAAUCCUGCGCAGUGCGAAUUCUGGCUCCAAAAUGGAUUUUUCAGCUAUGGUUGGAUCAAUUAGAUUUAGUUGUAGCUUGACGUAUUUUAAUAAAUGGAUAAAAACUAAAUUAUAACAGCGGACUAAAAAAGUUCAAACGGUAUUUCGUUUAAUAAAUACCGGUACGUUUACUUUUUAGAUAACACAUUAACACUAUGUUUUCACUCACAUUUGUUACAAGCAAUACAGUUUAAAACACUGCAAAGCCGAGAGAUAAAAUAACAAGAGCAAUUAAAUAAUAUCAACUUAUAAUACCUUUUAGCUGUCACCAACGUAACUUAUACACCCGCGCCGCUUAGUUAGCUUUAUUCAAGGGAAAUAACUAAGAAUGUGUAAACAGUUUGGCAUGAGACCACUAUCUUGCACUUCUACACUUCAUGGUGUUGACAUAUUGUAUGUUUCCUUUUAAUCGCUUGAGAAAUAUGGGAGUAGUUCGUUCCACACAGUUAUAACAUUUUAUUUGGUAAGACUAAUGGACCAACUGACAGAGUGAUAUAUAAAAUCAUAAAAAUAAUACCAUUUUAGUCAUCACUGUCGACGUCAUUGUGUUAUUAUAAAUACAUGUAUAUUUAACGUGCUUUGUUGUAAAUUGUAAAAGGAAUAUUUCGCUAGUCAACAAUUGCAUGACAAUUAAUCUUUCUUGUCUUGCUUUAUCUUGUAACACAAGUCACUAGACUGAUACUUACUAAUGGAAAAAUUAAACAUCGUAAUAUUUCGUACUUAUUAAUGUGUACCGGUAUUUUUUAUUUUUACCUAAUCGAUGAAUUAAUAGGCAUGGACAAACCGUUACAUUCACAAUUAAUGGCACUGAAUAGAUGACAGCUCACACAUUGAUCAGAGCAAAGUAAAGGAGAAUUAUAAUGGUUUUAUGCCAUGCCGCGCCUCACGCUAAGCCAAUUAUUAAUACUUCAUACACAUAUAUGUAACAUCAUAUUUACAUACAUAAUUGCAAAUCAAUGAUUAAAGUACUCAAAUGAUAACAUGAAAUGGUGUUAACGUGCAACACACAUAAUAUGGUCUCAAACUGAAUUCUUAUUUAUGCCUAGUUGAAAAUCAUUUGAUUUGUUUUAUCGAUACCAUGUGUCAGGUAUUUAAAUUAUAUAAAAUGAUGUUUCAAACAUGAAAUUUAGUUUUUUGCAGAAUAUAUCUUUAACAGUAGAAAAAAAAACAACUUAUUUUACCUAUUAAAACACUUUUACAACCGAAAGAUUAAUCAUUUAUGUAGACAUGUUCAAGGCUUUUGGAAUGUUCAUGGUUGGAGCAGUUCGAGCUCUAGUGACAAUUUUAUAUUACGUGAACAAUGUAUUAAGCAUUUGAACCUUGAUUUAAUUGGGAUUGCUGAGUCCCAUUUAAAGAACUUUAAUAGUAUUGAUGUUUCUGAUUAUACAUGGUUUGGUAAUAAUCGUAAAAAUAUUCAUGUGAAUGCAAGAACUGGUUCUGGUGGAGUUGGGUUUUUGGUCCGUAACAGUGUUCUAGAUGUGUUUGAUGUAUCUAUUUUAAAUGACUCCACAGAUGGUAUAUUAUGGCUGAAAUUUGUACACAAAAAUGAUAACUUUUGCUUUUUACCAUGUGUUUGUUAUCUUCCUCCAGAAAACUCUGCUAGGCAUGUAGAUGCAACUGCCUUUUUUGACACAAUACUUGUAAACUUAUAUGAAUAUCAAAACCUAGGUCUGCCUUUUAUUUGUGGAGACUUUAAUAGUCGUUGUGGCGAUUUGGAGGACUUCAUAGCAGGUGUUGAUAAUAUUAUUGAGAGAGAUGUGAUAGACUUUAAAACAAACAAAUAUGGAGAUCUUUUUAUUGAUUUUUUAAUUAACUGCAAUUUUUGCAUGUUAAAUGGACGUAAUACAGUCCAUAAUGAUUACACGUCAAUUUCUGUAAAGGGUCAAUCAGUUGUAGAUUAUUGCAUAGUACCUUAUGAAAACUUGUCAUUAUAUAGUCAGUUCUAUGUGCAUACAGUUGUUGAUGUUAUGAACAGUAUUGAAUUGCAGGAUAGUAUUGCUCCAACAUGUGUCCCUGACCACUCUAUUCUCACAUGGGUUAUGGAAAUUGAAUCCACUGACUUGGAAUUUGCUACAGAUAAGACUGGGUCAGUACAAAGUACAGAUAAAUUUGAUUGCUCCAGAAUUCCUAAUGAUUUUCUGCUAAACCAAGUUUUGGUAGGUCAGAUUAACGACUGUAUUUCUAACCUUGAACAGGGUUACAGAACACAAUCAGACAUAGAUCAGGCAUUUGGAGAUUGGUGUGGUAUUGUACGGGAUGAAAUGUAUGAUAAACUUCCGUUCAAAACGAUUAUUCAUGAUUCCUGUAGAAGAAAGCGCAGGUCUGGUAAGCCAUGGUGGAGUAAUGAAUUAAAUAGUCUAUGGUCAGAUAUGUGCAAAAAAGAGAAGUUAUGGUUAAGAUGUAACAAUAAGCAUUUAAAAGUUCAGCUUAAGACUGACUAUAUAAGGUCUAGGAGCUUUUUUGAUAGAGCGGUACAAAAGGCCAAAAGACAUUACUGGUUUUCUACACAGUCUAGAUUAUCUAACUUAGCUUCUGAUAAUGAUGUAGAGUUUUGGAAGACUAUUGGAACUUGUGGUGUUGGCCAGGAACGUAAGAAGGGUAUUCCUCUUGAAGUUGUGUUAGACAAUGGGACAGUUUCUUCAAAAUUGGAGGAUGUGUUGUUGAGAUGGAAGAAUGACUUUGCAAAUCUUUUGAAUCAAUCUGUUAAUUCAAAUGUCGGCCAGCAUACAAGUAGUUUUGAUAAUGUGUACCAUGAGGAGUUGGAUAGACCUUUUUCAGUUUUUGAGGUGAAAGCAGCUAUUGACCGAGCCAAGUUGAAUAAAGCGACGGGCAUUGACCAAAUUCCUAAUGAAGUUCUUAAGAAUGACAUGUCUGUCUCCUUUUUGCAUUCUCUAUUCUGUGUAUGUUAUGAAACUGGUAUGGUCCCUUCAAUGUGGGGUAAGAAUAUCAUAAACCCUAUCCCUAAGUCGAGCACUGCUGAUAAGAGAGAUCCUUUACAAUAUCGUGGUAUUAGUUUGGCUUGUACUAUGUAUAAAUUGUAUGCAAGUAUUUUGAACCAUAGGCUGUCAAGCUGGUCAGAACUUAAUGAUAAAAUAGAGGAUGAACAGAACGGCUUUCGCAAAAAGCGCAGCACUUUAGAUCAUAUCUCUGCACUGACCAAUAUUAUAGAUGUUCGCAAGAAGUUACAUAAAUCUACGUUUUGUUCAUUUAUUGAUUUUAGACGUGCGUACGACGGUAUUGAGCGGAAUUUACUCUGGCAGAGGUUGAAUAGUAUAGGUGUCCCAACAAAAAUGUUAGAUGCAAUCAAAGCCUUGUAUGCGUCGGUCUCCUCUUGUGUUCGUAUAAAUAGCCAUUAUACUGAUUGGUUUGCAGUUACCACUGGUUUACGGCAAGGUUGUUCGUUGUCACCGUUGCUGUUUAAUCUCUUCCUUAAUGACUUAUCUGUGCAGAUUAAGGCGGUUGGUAAAGGUGUUUUGAUUGAAGACGAGCUAGUUUGUAUAUUGUGCUAUGCAGAUGACCUUGUGUUGAUUGCGGAAAACGAGCAAGAUUUGCAAUGCAUGUUAGAUGUAUUAAGCCAAUGGUGUACCUCGAAUAGUAUGGUGGUCAAUGCAAAUAAAAGUAACAUUGUGCAUUUCAGGCCAAACUCUGUGCCCAGAUCUGAAUUCAACUUCAAAUGUGGUGUUCAUGGAUUAACUUAUGUUGACAAAUACUCCUAUUUAGGUUUAUUACUAUCAGAACAUUUGGACUUUAGUAUUUCUGCCAAAUCUGUUGCACAGAGUGCUAGUAGAGCACUUGGCUUACUUAUUGCUAGAUAUAAAAGUAUGGGUGGUAUGUCAUUUGCAGUUUAUAGCAAGAUGUACAAUUCUACAGUGUGGCCAGUUAUCUCAUAUGCAUCAGCUAUAUGGGGCAUACGGACAUAUGCAUGUAUAAAUGCUGUUGAAAAUAGGGCCCUACGUUUCUUUAUGGGUGUUGGUAAAUAUACUCCAUCAGCUGCAUUAGCCGGUGAUAUGGGAUGGCAACCACCUCUAGUUAAACAGUACAAACAUGUUUGUAAUUUGUGGCAUAGAUUUGGUAGUAUGAAUAUGAACCGGGUCAAUAGGAAGGUUUUUCAGUGGACUGUUAAUACUGCUGGAGUUAAGUGUAAGAACUGGGUGUUCAGUGUGAAAAUGAUGUUUAAAGAUUUGAAUCUUGAAGAAUUCUGUAUUUAUCCAGCUACUGUGUCUAAACAAACUUUUAGUGACAAGGUUGAUAGUGCUAUGUUCUGUAAGUUUAAAAGUGAUUGGAAAGAUACUGUAUUACAACCAAAUGCAAUAAGAGGGAAUGGCAGAAACAAGCUAAGAACCUAUUGUCAAUUCAAGAAUGAAUAUUGUACAGAAGAGUAUUGUAAGAUGAUAUUACCAUAUAGACAUCGUUCUGCUUUUGCUAAAUUUAGAUGUGGGGUAGCCCCAAUUAUGUUGGAAAUUGGGCGUUAUGCUAAUGUGCCUGUUGAAAAUAGAUUCUGCCCUAAUUGUACAACUUGUGUUGAAUCAGAAACUCAUGUUAUGCUAUACUGUCCACUUUAUUCUGAUAUCAGGACCUCUCUUUUUGAAAAAUGUCAUACCAUUACUGAUUUUAACUCUAUGUCAGAUAUAGAAAAGAUGGUAGUUUUAUUCUCCAACAAAUUAUUGAUAAGAGAUACUGCCAAAGCCUGCUACAAUAUUUUAAUGACCAGAAAUGCUUAUUUGUAUAGAUAGGUUACACAUUCUAUAUGGCAUUUUAGUUUUUAGAUUUUAUCAAUUAUUUGUAGAUAACAUAAACAAACUACAUUUUUGUACAAUAAGGGAAUAGGACCUUUGAUUGUUGCUUUAAAUUAUUCCAACAUGACACUCUGGAAGUAAAUAUCUUAACUAAUACUUUUAAAUUCUACACACAGGUUUCAUGAGAUUAUUUUUAUAUUGAAACUAUCAAAGGUCUCAAUAUUCCACUUAUGCAAUAUUGUUUUAUUGUUUUAUAAUCCAUGUUUUAUAAUUUUAACAUAUUUGGUUAACUUUUAACUGAUGCAUAGUAAUUGUGUUCUUGACUACUGUUAUGUCUCUUAUAAAUCCAUUAUAUGAUUGGCACUGUAAUUGAUAUGAAUACUUUUAUUGUUGUAUAUACUUGUACAGUGAUGAGACAGAAAUAAAGAUAGAAAUAUGUAUUUUUAUCCCCUGAUAAUUACUAAUUAGUCUAUCGGUUUCAUGGAGGGGAAAUUUAAGUUCAUACCCGCCCCGCAAACCUGUUCGUCUUUUUUUCUGUCCGCCUGUGUGUCUGUCAUGCGACUUUAAAAAAUACGUGAGCUUAGUUUACAAAUAUUGGUAUGUGAAUAGACGGCCAUAUGAGGAAAAUGCACAUUAUUUCAGUUUUUUCGUCAGAAUAAAAUAGUUGUUACUAUGUUUAUAGAAAAAGUAAAUCGGGAAUAUGCUCCUUAUUUCAGUCUUUUUUUCAUAGAAAAUUGUAAUUGCUAAGGAUACGGAAAUAAUGCAAAAGUAAAAUAUUGAUCAUGCGAUAACUAAAAACGUGCUUUAGCUGGGUUGAAGCAACUUGGUAUGUGGAUAGAGGGCCACAUUGGAAAAAUCGCUCAUAUUUCAGUGUGAUCCUUAGUCGCAAGUUGUGGUUGCUAUAGUAACAUAGUAACAUAAAUAAUUGAAAACUAAUAUCUUGAUGUUGUCAUAACUCGUACAGUUCUUAAGCUACGUUGAUGAAACUUGGUACGUGGUCAUAUGGGAAAUAUGAACGGUAUUUGAGAUCCGUCCGUUGAUCUGUCCGUCCAAAUUCAUCCUGCGAUUACUCGAAAGGUACUUAGCUAUGUUGAUGAGACUCAGUUGUUAGUAGAGGAUUAUAUGGUUAAUAUGCAUGUUUUUUAAGUUUAUUUCGUAAGGCAAAAUUGUGUUUGCUAUAGUAAUAGAAAUAACUGAGAACUAAAAACUAGAUCCUGUGUCAAUUCAACAAGUUCUAAGGCUAGGUUGAUGAAAACGGGUUUGUGGAAACAAGGUCACAUGGUGAUAAUGGACAUUAUUAAAGUUUAUUUGUUCUCAUACCAAACCUGUGGUUAAACAUUUAUUAAAAACUUAAAUCUGGAACCUGCCAUUACAACAAGUAUUAAAGCUUGGUUGUAGGAACGAAUUGGGAUCCCGUUCCUGAUAAUAAACCAUCCGAUUGGGGACGGCAUUGAAGAUUGUUACAAACCUCAUGUAUGAAUAAGUAUUGUACAAGGCAAUCUUACACAUAAAUAUGCAAUUUUAUAAAUUCAUGUAAUAGGAGGCAAUUUGUUAAAAGCCAAGUAUAACAGCGACUUAAAUACACGUGAGAGCUAUACCCAUAUAUAUUAUAAAUGAAGAUACAAUCGGAAAAUGACACAGAUAACGAAGAUAAAAUGUAACUGUAUUAAAGGUUGAUAACUGCACAUAACCUUCUUAUGAUAAAACAUGUGUUGUACAUUCAAUCCGCUUUGGUAUUACACACGUUUUAAACGUCAUUUGUAUAUUUUCCAUGAUGCAGUUUUAGAACACGCGUGUGUUCAGUAGAUCGAUCUUUUUGAGUGUGUGUAUCUUAAUUACCUAUACAGAACUUUAAGAAAGGAUUCUUAAUAGAAGUGCUUCUUUUAAUUUAAAUAUACAGUGGUCUUUUAAAAAUAUUUUUUUAGGUACGGGGUAAUAAAGUUUUUCAAAAUAAACGUUCAUCAUAAAUUAUAACUUCAAAACGGAUAAAUCACCUUAAAUGGUAUAUCCUUUGUGUAUAUCUUAUAGAUAUCUAUUAUCAUAAUAAAAUUUGGUGGUUUCAAACAUGUUUAUGUAGAAGGCACUUAUGUGUGAUAUAUGAUUGCGUUCAGAUAGCAAAUUUGAACCAGUACUUAGUGUCUAUAGGGAAGAUCUAAAGAACGCUUUCACAGUGGGGAUCGAACCCGUGACCUCCUGGUUGCUAGGCGGACACCAUAUCCUUUACGCCACAGCUACCUCAGUGUUUGGGGUAACGGUACAGUUUGUCAAGACACCAAACGCAAAGCCUAUCCCAAGGCAAUGCCCAAUUUGCGUGGUAAAAGGCAACACGACUGUGUACCUCCGGGUAACAGACCACGUUCGCUGGGUGCAAGCGCUGACGGCAGACCCCAUGAAGCCGUUGAUGUCAGAGGCACGUGCUAAGACCGGUCCGAAAGUGAAGAAGACAAAGCCGAGGAAUUACUACUCUUGCUGGCUGUGCGACCGGUCGGUGAUUGACCGGCUGCGUCAUCUAGAACAGGAGCACAAAAUGGAGGCUGGGACAUUCAAUUUUGUUUACACAAGAGGGCCGUUUCCGGAAAGUCGCGAAAACUUCAGGAAAGGUGACCAGCAGACUCGCCACUCAUGAUGACUCGGCAUAGGAGGAUGAGAAGGUGGAGGAUGAGGAGGAGGAGGAAGAGGACUUUUCAUUCCUAAUGCGGAAAUACUGCCUGAGCCUGGAACCCAAUGCAAGGGUGAUGCAUGGUCGGAGAAGCUGCAAUUUCAAUCGUUGACUCAUAUGUAGACUACUGUAGUCUACAUGUUCCUGCGGAGCAGGCCAGGUGGGUUGGCAAACGAGUCGAAAACACAAGAGGUCAACAUGAAGAUCAACCGGUUCCUGGCCCUGUCUGGCUACUUGGAAGGAGUGGUGUUGAGUGACAUGCUGUUGUGGAUGGGCCAUAUGGAGGUCCACGACAGUUCCUCAACACCACUCACCAGCUGAAGACGGUGCGGAAUGCACUAACGGCAAUCAAGAACUUCCUAAAGUGGUGCGAGGGAAUGGUCUAGCGGACGCCCGCACAUUGAACAAUGCUUCCUGACCUCAACCUGCCUGGAUAAGAGCCGUCGCGAGGUUGUUCGGAGGGUAGAGGAGAGUGCGGCCAUCCUGACGGACGCAAACCUGGAGCGCCACUUCACUGAGAGUGAGCAUGUAGUGAAAACGAUCAAGGUGAUCCAGGAGCCCCCAGCUGGCACACCUGACAGAUAUUCGGGGAAUAAUCAUUAAACUGAUAGCGCUCUAUAACGCCUCCUGAACUGGCAAGUAUACAAACCUGAGGGUAGGUGUACCUAGAGAUUGAGCUGGAGACAGUGAAGGUGCUGACCUCUGUGUGGAACACUUAGAAGCUGGCAAGUUUUCAUAUUGAAGGGUAUGGUUCCCAACCGCCCAUCACACACAGAAUGUAGCUUGUCGUCUUCCGCAGUAAAAACUGGGUGCUGGAAGAUGCUUACUGCUAUAUUGACUGCUUCCGAGCGCUUCCUGGACCUAAAAAUUAUCUCCCAGCAGCAACCUCCCCAAGGUGUGACGAGAGUCUUCAAGUGUUCCAGACGGCUGGUGAUGCAUUUCAAGAAAAGCCAUCAGAAUCUUGCAAUGAUCUGUAUACUUAAUAAAUGACAAAACAACAA